AUGGAGAGUCUUCACUUAGAUAUCACGCACAAAAUUCUGUCACACGUACCUCCAGAGUCCGCCUUGAACUGUAAAUUAGUUUGCAAGACAUGGCGAAGACUCCUUUCUCACGUCAAGGUCAAGGCAGGUCUUCUUUUCGCAAUUUCGCAGGAGGAAACGAGUGACCAAGAAAACUCUUUGCAACUCUAUUAUGGAUAUUACGAUGAUAUUGCACAAAGUAAUCAAGGUGAUCAAUUCUCAUACACGACACUUCCAAAGAUCAAUCUGCCUCCUAUUAAGAUGUGGAAAGACCCGCCUGUCAUGCUUGGUUCCUGCAACGGUUUGGUUUGUUUUUCUAUACCACAACCACUUAAUGAUCCUUUUGAUGAUCUUCUUAACUAUCCUGUUUACAUAUGCAACCCUUUGACUGGAGAAUACGUUAAUCUUCCAAAUUUAUCUGCCGAAGUCGGUCAGAUAGGGAGUGGUUUCGGUUACCUUCCCAAAACAAAUGAGUAUAAGGUUGUCCUGAUCCACUACCCAGGUGAGUUCACGGAUGGGUCUGGCAAAAAAAUCGCCCGUGGAUUGGUCCAGGUUUAUACACUUGGGCGUGGUGGCGAUGGUUGGAGAAACAUCGGGGAAACUACUGAUGCGCUGUGCUACCCUGGAGUCGCAGGAGACGGAGUCAUUCACUUCAUGGAUGACUUGGAAUGGAAACUUGUGACAUUCGAUUUAGCAGAGGAAGAAUUCCUAGUCCUCCCACAAUUGCAACCACCUUGUUUAGGUUCUGCGGACUGCGACAAUUCCUGCCAAGUCAAGGUAUUGGGAGGACACCUUUAUGUUGUUCAUCUAAAGGGUGGCAGAAGUGUGGACUUAUGGUCAUUUAAUAAGAGCAGUGCUAGUUGGAGUAAGGAGUUAAGUAUACCAUGGAACGGCCGAAAUCGCGCUAUUCAAUAUCAUCCAUUUUCACUGACAAGCAGCAACCAAGUGUUAUUUUCGGUGUCUGGGGAUGGUAAUUUUGAUUUGUGCUGUUAUGAUCCCAAAACCGAAAGUGUACAGACAAUUGCGAGUGAAGAUAAGAACCGGAGAUCUUUUCAAACAAUUCAGCACAUGAACAGUUUGGUUUCACUAAAAGAUCUAGGAGUUCAAUCUAAUUGA